AUGUAUUCAAACUUAUUUGAAUAUGUGACUUCACUUUUGGAUACUUAUGACAAAAACUUAACCCUAAUCCUCUAUGGAUUUGACAAAUAUAAUAAUCAAAAGAAUCAGAAACGUCAGUAUCGAGCUAAAAUGGGUUUAGCCAAAGCCAAUAAAAACAAAGACAUCCUACCAUGUGUGAAAAAAAGUGACCUGGACUUGGCUCUAUUUGACCUUCAAGUAAAACUAACAGAAUCACCAACUUACUCAAGCAAACGUGUCCACAUUAUACAAACGGAAACACCAACUGAUCUUUGUCACAUUAUUUGGUGCCAUUCAAAAGCAACGGCAAUGUGUUCAAUUAAAAAAUCGCAACAGGAACAACAAGGUCUUGAAUGGUAUGCACAAAAUGACGGCUAUGGGUCAGUCGAUAUUAACACCGAUAGUGAUAUAACCUCCCUUUGGGUCAAACAGCUGAUGUCCUUUACCAAAAUGUCCGAGGAAAUGGCCAAAUCGAUAGCUGAGGUUUACCCGUGCCCACAGUCGCUUCUGUCGGCCUACAAUAAAUGUACCAAUGAAGAGGAAAAGGAAACGCUGCUCAGUGGAAUUGAAGUGGCGCGAAAAAAUUAUACCACCGGAAACACUCUGAAGAAAUUAGGACCUCAAGUUUCCCGUCGAAUUUAUUUAUUUAUGUCAACCCGUGAUGGUGACGCAAUCAUUGAUUGAAUUUUCUAACAAUUUAGUUAAUCACUUAAAUGUGAGUUGUAAUUUUUACUUUUAAUUGCUCGUGUUUUGAUUAUAUUAUCACCCCAACAACAAUUAGUUACUGUAAUUUCUUACCUUUCAAUUAAUGAUUAUCAUUAAUUUCCCUUUGAGUAUUUUCAACCUUAAUUGUUGAUCGUUGAAUGUUUUUUUUCUUAAUACUCAUUGUUUGUUGUAAUUAAUAAAGACAAUGAUUUGGUUAAUUGUGAUCAAAUCUAUCGUUUUGUAGAUAAUAAUACAAAAUCUACAUUAAUCAAAGUUAAUUGUAUCAACUGAAUGUAUGUAAUGAAAUAUUGAAUCAAAUGUUUAUUGGAAAUUAGGGAAAGAUGUUAAUGAAUUAAAAUCUUCAUAAAACAUAUUCAAA